GAGAGUAAUGAGAACCGUGCUCUGGAUAUUCGAUAUCGGGCCCUUUGAUCAACCCUCUCCCGCGGUUCCGCGUUACUGAUCUUCGCUCGACUCCGCGGACAACCGAAUCCGAAGUAGAGUCAUAAGUGGCUGUCGAUGACUCGAAUAUUUAUCAGACGCAAAAUGAAGACGUUUACUCGUCCUUCGUUCGUUUCAUCGUGAGAGCGAGUUUGCAGUGAUAUAAGACAGGGAGAAAGGAUAUUACACGAGUGUCGGAGCGUGGUGCAGUUGAGAAAUAAUUACCGAAAAUGAGUUGCAUGUCGCAGUGCGCCAAGUACUUUCUCUGCUUCUUCAACUUUAUUUUUUUUAUCGCCGGAGGAGCAGCAUUGACUGUCGGUAUCUGGCUUUUCGCUGACAGAACCUCCUUCACCAAUCUCAUCGCGAAACUCGAUCAAUCCGACUUGCUGACCAAAACGGAUGCCGAUGUCAUCAAGAUGAUGGCCUACAUUCUUAUCAUCGCUGGUGCUCUCACGUUCAUUAUCAGUUUUCUUGGGUAUUGCGGCGCUAUGUUCGAGUCCAGGUGUCUCCUUUGUGUCUACGGCAUUUUAAUCUUGGUGGUUUUGAUCCUGGAGUGUGUGGUAGUCGGCCUCGCUUUUGGACUUAAAGGAGAUGUCGAAAAAGGUACCCAGGACUUCUUGAAGGAUACCAUCGCUAAGUAUUAUGCGACCACCAGCGAUAAAAUUGAUACGGUGACAGUCGCGUGGGAUGGUAUCAUGAGUAAGCUCCAUUGUUGCGGCGUGGAAAAUUAUCGAGACUUUAGCGAAAAUAAGAACUGGACUACAAUGGUCGAAAAAAUGGUCCCUGAUGCCUGCUGUAUAAAAGAAAAUGACGUUCUGAAAGAUUCCACAUGUCCAAUAAAUCCCACCUCGUUUAAUACGUACCAAACGGGUUGUUACAAGGCCAUAAUGACAGCGAUCGAGGAGAAUGCAGCGAUUGUAAUCGGUGUGGCCGCUACUCUGGUCUUCAUCGAGGUCCUGGUGAUUAUUCUGGCGUUGUAUCUAGCCUGCUGCUAUUGGCGCCCACAACAUGAAAAGCUAUCUAAAGUCGAGGGGAAAAACAGUUUAAAAAACGAAAAGCCUAAGACACCAGUUUAGAAAUCUCACGUAGAAUUGUGGAAGUCGAGUCAAGAUUAAUGUGACAUUUAUGUGUUUAUUCUGAAAUUGCGAUAAAAAUGAUAAUAUAAAUGCGCGUGUUGUAGUCGUAUGCUAUGAUAUAUGAUAAAUUUAAUUUCGCGUCAAAUCAAUAUAUAUCUACGCAAGUAUCUUUUUGGUACUAAAGAUACAAAGUAUAUAUAGGCUAUUAUGCAAAAAAUUAUUUUUGAAAAAUAAACUAUGUGAGACAUUAUAAUAAUAAGAUUAACAAAGAAGACAAGACAUAAAAAACACGGCCAAGAACGCAUGAUAUUCACUUAGUUUAAGUUCAAAGUUUAAAAUGUUUAGUAACGUUCAGUUUCGUUUCGGUGCAAUUAAGAAUUAUCAUGUGAAAUAGGUGUAUCAAAAUGUAUUCAAAUUUUAUAUACAGAGACUGAUACCUGACCUAAAAUGUAUAUAUAUUUGAGAUGCGAUUAUUGAUAUACAGUUAUAUUCCAAUAUAUUAUUAUUAACUAUGAGUAUUGUACAAUUGCAUAUAUUAAGAAUAUAGUACGAUUGAUUUUUGUUAAGAGUAUUAUGUUUUUUGUAAAAAAAAAGAGAAGCUGUAUACACAGAACCAAAAUAAAAAUUUUAUAUAUAUAUUAUUCAUAAAUGCCAGAUAAAAUGUGUAAUGUGAAUUAUUUUCUUCUAUCAAUUCUUCCGUAACGUAUGGCGACAUCAAGAAUCAGUCGAUUCGUAAAAUUAAUAGUUAAAUUAAUCCUCAGUAUCCACAUCUCAAAAAAGUCCCUAUCUAUCCACAUCCGGAUAUUUGUCACUCAGCGUUUUCUUUUGCUUGUAUCUCAGAUUGUAGUACAUUAAUUUUAACUAAUUUUUUUUUAAUCUAUCGUUUGAAGACUGAAAAAAAGAAUUUAUGAGUUAGAAAGUCUAAAAUGUAGAACGAAAGAUAUUUUGCAAUAAGUGAAAAGGGAUCGGAAAACAUCUAAACUAUGAAAAUCGGGGGAGGAUUGCGCUAACUCUUUGUGGUACCGAGGGUUAAUUUGAUUAAAAUGUCAACAACUUAUUCAUAACAUAAUGAAGUAUGUCGAUUAUAAAAUAUGCAACUAUUAUAUAUUUAUAUGUAUAUAAAAACUAUGUCUGAUAAAAGGUACUAUACAUACUACAGAGGAUGGCGUACCUGUAACCCAAAUGUCAUACCAUUAAAUUAUCUAAACCUAUCUUUGUAAAGUGUCAAUUUUUUAAAACUGUGUGAGUAAAUUCUGUACUUCAUGGAAAUGUUCAGGACAACGGAUAGUUGAAUUAAAAAAUACAUUCCAUUUUCA